AACGCGGUAAUUCCAUCCGGCAAGCGAUCCAGUACGAAAACAAACACCGUGCGCCGCUGGCUUAAUAUUGAUCACAAUACGAAAAUAUUUAUCGUAUACGCGGGUAUAGCGCAAUAUAGAAAACUAAAGGUACAAGGCAUUAUUGCGAAGUAUAUAAAUAAUUCUGAUUAUGACGUUUACAUAUUACCUUAUGUCAGUAAAUUACAUAUAAUUUUGGUGCUGGAUAUAUAAUGGUGCGUACGUGCAUUUGCUGCAAAUACCGUGUGAACAAACUCCAGUCGGACAUAUCGCUCUACGGAUUUCCGAAAGACGGCGAGAUCUUAGAGAAGUGGUUGUCAGCGAUUGGCACGGCGAAGAAAGUCAGCGAAUCGACGCGAAUAUGCUCGCGUCAUUUCAAAGAGGUCGACUUCAGGUACAGUUUGGUCGGAGGCAAUCGUUUCUUGAAACACGGAGCCGUACCAUCUCUUCAUUUGAACGAAGAGGCCAAGGAUGAACGGUCCUCUGACAGCCAAGAAAGUCAAGUAAUAAUCUCCGAAGAGGAUCGAACGGUGAACAAAAUAUUGAAUAUCACGGACUUGCAGACAGGCUUGCAAGUUAGGAAUGAUAAUCGAUCACUACAUAUUAUUAAGAGAAAGGAAGAAGCUACUGCAAGGAGUACAUGUGAACACAUUCGACUUGGGUCUCACAGCGAGCCGCAAGCAUCUGAGAGAUUAAUCUGUUGUAGCAGGUUAUCACCUCUGUUACCUGGCCAAAGUGAACAGAAGCGAACGGAGAACAAACGCAAGAAAUGCCUGUACGACGUCAGUUGGGAAGAAAUCUCCACUUCGCCGGUGCAAGCCAAAAUCUAUUGGGAAGUGGUGACGGGGAAAAUUAACCGGCAGAAGGUCGUUCUGAAGACCUUGCGGCAGAAAGUCAGGAGAUUAAAGAAAAGAAUCACAAAGUUACAGUCUUUGGUGAAGAGAAAAAAAUAUGAAAAUAAAUAA